GUCACAUUCCAUUCACACAAAACAGAGCUCUUUCUUGUGAUGAUGAUUAAGAAAAAGAAAAGUGCUAUUAAAAUUUGCUUACCUUCCUAAUAUUAAUAAUUAUCUUUUAUUUUGAAAAAAAGUGUUACUCGACGUGGCCAAUUUCUACUCCAAGCCCAAAGUCGGUGUUGCAUUUCUUGCUUCUAUUCCGACCAUUCAGUUUGCUUCGUUAAAACUCAAAAAUACAAACACGAAAACUGAACAAAGCGAGUUUCAGAAUUCAAACUCAUCAGAAAGAAAAAGAGAUUCUGCGCACUUCGGAAAUGUGGCGUUGCGUGGUUCGUACUAUUUCCAAGAGAUCCAAUCCUAAUAUUCAACCACUUAGAUCUCACCUUUCAAGAUUUUUCUCUAGUGGUGGGAAUUCGUCGUACAAUGUGGUGGAUCAUAAGUACGACGCGGUUGUUGUUGGUGCUGGUGGCGCAGGAUUGAGAGCUGCUAUUGGACUUUCAGAACAUGGCUUCAACACUGCAUGCAUUACCAAGCUCUUCCCAACUCGUUCGCACACUGUUGCAGCUCAGGGUGGUAUAAAUGCUGCAUUGGGAAAUAUGAGUGAAGAUGACUGGAGGUGGCACAUGUAUGAUACAGUCAAGGGAAGUGAUUGGCUAGGAGACCAAGAUGCUAUCCAAUAUAUGUGUAGGGAGGCACCAAAAGCAGUCAUUGAACUUGAAAAUUAUGGAUUGCCAUUUUCGCGAACCGAAGAUGGAAGAAUAUACCAGCGUGCAUUUGGUGGUCAGAGCUUGAACUUUGGAAAAGGUGGUCAGGCAUAUCGUUGUGCGUGUGCUGCCGAUCGAACAGGGCAUGCUUUACUGCACACUCUCUACGGCCAGGCUAUGAGGCAUAAUACACAGUUCUUUGUGGAAUAUUUUGCGCUGGAUCUGUUAAUGAACAGUGAUGGUACUUGCCAAGGAGUAAUAGCCUUGAAUAUGGAGGAUGGAACAUUACACCGUUUUCAAGCUGCUUCAACAAUUUUGGCCACUGGGGGUUAUGGUAGAGCAUACUUUUCUGCAACUUCAGCACACACAUGCACCGGAGAUGGCAAUGCCAUGGUUGCUCGUGCUGGACUACCACUCGAGGAUUUAGAGUUUGUGCAAUUUCACCCAACAGGUAUAUAUGGAGCUGGUUGCCUUAUCACAGAAGGCUCUCGCGGCGAAGGUGGAAUUCUUAGGAACAGUGAAGGUGAGAGGUUUAUGGAAAGAUAUGCUCCUACUGCAAAGGAUCUCGCAUCAAGAGACGUAGUUUCAAGAUCAAUGACUAUGGAGAUUCGGGAAGGUCGUGGUGUAGGACCAGAGAAAGAUCACAUAUAUCUCCACUUGAAUCACUUACCCCCAGAUGUUCUUAAGGAGAGACUACCUGGUAUAUCUGAAACUGCUGCGAUUUUUGCUGGCGUGGAUGUUACAAAGGAACCCAUUCCUGUUUUACCAACUGUGCAUUAUAACAUGGGUGGUAUCCCUACUAAUUAUCAUGGAGAGGUGGUUACCAUUAAAGGUGACAAUCCGGAUGAAAUAGUUCCUGGGCUAAUGGCUGCUGGGGAAGCAGCCUGUGCUUCAGUCCAUGGUGCCAAUAGGCUCGGUGCAAAUUCACUUCUGGACAUUGUUGUUUUUGGUAGAGCCUGUGCAAACAGAGUUGCAGAAAUCCAAAGGCCAGGAGAGAAACAAAAGCCUUUAGAGAAAAACGCUGGUAUGAAAACUAUCGCCUGGCUUGACAAAUUGAGAAAUUCAAAUGGAUCAUUGCCCACUUCGAAAAUUAGGUUGAACAUGCAACGGAUAAUGCAAAACAAUGCUGCUGUAUUCCGCACACAAGAAACAUUAGAAGAAGGAUGUCAAUUGAUUGAUGGAGCAUGGGAGAGCUUUCAUGACGUCAAGUUGAAGGAUCGGAGUUUGAUAUGGAACUCUGACCUAAUUGAGACUAUUGAGUUGGAAAAUCUUUUGAUAAAUUCCUCCAUUACCAUGCACUCUGCUGAAGCCAGAAAAGAAAGCAGAGGUGCUCAUGCCCGCGAAGACUUCACGACAAGAGAUGAUGAGAAGUGGAUGAAACACACAUUGGGAUAUUGGGAAAAUGAGAAGGUUCGAUUAGAUUACAGGCCAGUGCACAUGAAUACUUUGGAUGAUGAGGUCGAAACAUUCCCUCCUAAAGCUCGCGUCUAUUAAAUUGUUAAUAUACCUGCACAUUGUUCUGAAUUGCUUAUACAGAUUGUUUUAUGAAAUGUGGAUGACAUUGAUGAUUAUUGUUCUAUUCAUCAUCAAUGAAGAACUGAUCUAUGACAGGGUAUUCUCAUCCUUAUAUUGCACUUAUAAUGUAUAUGAAGCUACAAAUAUUAGCAAUAAAUGUCAUCAGUUGUUAGUUUGCUGAUAAAUCAUGACUAGUGUAUCACGUGCUAAGUUUUUUUAUAUAUUAAAUAAGCAGUAUCCUGUACUAAGUGGAUUUGUUGUUGCUGAUGAAUAUCCUGUGCUAAGUUGAUAUCUACACGCUCGUAGUUUUACAUGA